AUGGCCAAAGCGGCAGCCUCCUCGCCGCUGGAGGACUUGGACCUGAGCGGAGAGGAGGUCGAGCGGCUCACCUCCGCCUUCCAAGACCCGGAGUUCCGGCGACUGUUCUCCAAGUACGCCGAGGAGCUCACUGACCCGGAGAAUCGGCGGCGCUACGAGGCAGAGAUCACGGCGCUGGAGCGUGAGCGCGGAGUGGAGGUGCGGUUCGUGCACCCGGAGCCGGGCCACGUACUGCGCACCAGCCUGGACGGGGCGCGGCGCUGCUUCGUGAACGUGUGCAGCAACGCACUGGUGGGCGCGCCGAGCAGCCGCCCCGGCUCCGGGGCAGAUGGGGGUGCAGCGCCUGGCAGCCAUUGGUCCCUGCCCUACAGCCUGGCGCCAGGCCGCGAGUACGCGGGGCGCGGCGGCACCCGCUACAUGGUCUACGAUGUGGUUUUCCACCCUGAUGCGCUUGCGCUGGCCCGGGGUUAUGAGCGCUUCCGCCAGAUGCUGGACGCCACGGCCCUGGAGGCAGUGGAGAAGCAGUUCAGCGUGAAGCUGGACCGCAGGAAUGCCAAGACCCUGAAGGUCAAGUACAAGGGGACCCCGGAGGCCGCCGUGCUGCGCACGCCCCUGCCAGGGGGCGUCCCAGCCCGGCCCGAGGAGGAGCCGGAGAGCCCUCUCCUGGAUUUCCCCUACCCCUACAGGUACCCGUCACCCGCCGGGGACUCGGCAGUCCCCCGGCCCCAGGUGCCCUCACCUCCGGAGGCGCUCUUACAGCCCGCCCCCACCGAGCCUCGCUACAGCGUGGUGCAGCGCCACCACGUGGACCUCCAGGAUUACCGCUGCUCCCGGGACUCAGCUCCAAGUCCCGUGCCCCACGAGCUGAUUGUCACCGUCGAAAUGCCGCUGCUGCGCUCUGCCGAGCAGGCGGUGCUGGAGGUGACGGGAAAGCUGCUGUGCCUCGACUCAAGGAAACCCGACUACCGGUUGCGGCUCUCGCUCCCGUACCCGGUGGAGGACAGCCGCGGCAAAGCGCAGUUCAACAAGGCUCGGCGGCAGCUGGUAGUGACGCUGCCCGUGUCGCUGCCGGCCGCGCGCCAGGAGCUCACCGCUGCGCCGGAAGAGGCCGCAGGUCGGCCCGGAACUGACGGCGCGGCCUGCGCUUCCGCUAGCGAAGGGGAGGCGGGACCGGCGGGGGGUCGCUCCGGAGACCGAAGCUGGGAUCCCAGCCGAGCAGGGGCUUUAGACGCCGGGAUCACUACCCCGAGCGCCCCCGAGCUGGCGCUGCUGCCGGCUGGUGCUGGAAAGCAGCUUGUCCCCGAGUCAGAGGAGCAGGACUUUGGCGGGCACGCGGUGUCUCGCGGUGGGGAGAAGCCGUCUUCUGGAGCAGAGAGUUUACCUGGUGGCAGAGGCUCUCCUUUUACUUCAUCCCGGGGCCUUGAGUGGGAGUCUUCUGUAGGAGAUCUCAGGGUGGAGACGUGCGUGGACCUGGAGGGCACAGGCGGCCAGUCCUCUGACCGAGCCAUGUGUGUUCCCGGGACCGAGAGCGGGGAACCUUUGUGUCCUCCUUUGCUGUGUAAUCAGAAGACAGAAUCCUUGACUCUGCUAAUUCAAGUGCCUCGGAUCCAGCCGCAAAGUCUUCAAGGGGAUUUGAGCCCCCUCCGGUACAAAUUGCGCUUCUCCACACAAGACUUAGUUUAUUCCUUCUUUUUGCAAUUUGCUCCAGAGAAUAAAUUGAGUACCAAAGAACCCGUGAUUAGCAUUUCUUCAAACAAUGCAGUGAUAGAACUGGCCAAAUCUCCAGAGAGCCAUGGACUUUGGAGAGAGUGGUAUUAUGGUUUAAACAGCGAUUCUUUGGAGGUAACAGUUCUUUCUAGAGUCUUAAUAUUUGAAAUAUUCCAUAUCAAUUUCAAAAUUUGCUGUUACAGACACCCUCUCAGUUUCUCUUAAAACAUUUUCCAUUAUAACUUUUUUGGUAAUGACUUGAAAGUGGUGCACGUGAUGAAAGAUGUCAGCGCGUGUUAAACGUAUUUUGAAAAA